AUGCCUCAGGAUAUGCCCCCCGCUGGCGGCUAUGAUGCCGUUCAGUACAAGCGCAACCUCCCGCCCAGCGCCUUCAAGCCUAAGACCAUCCUCGCCUUUGGCGGCUUGAUCAUGGUCUACGGCUGGUACCAUCUCUUCCACGGGAUUCGUGAGCAAAGAGAACUCGCCCGCGAAAAGAUGUGGUCCCGCAUCCACCUGAUCCCCGCCCUCCAAGCCGAGGAGGACCGCGAUCUCGUCCGUCGCCACUUGGCCGACGUCCAGCGCGAGAAGGAGCUGCUUGGUGACAAGGGUGUCAAGGUUUACCACUCGGACAGAUAUGUCCGUCCUACUUUUGCUAUUACUCCUGGUAUUACCAAGGAUUAG